AUGAUAGGAGAGACGCCUCAAGAACUGAUUCAGUCAACUCUUUCUGGGUUUCAGAUUGGUUUAGAUCUUCAGGCAAUUUCCCGUAUUCAAGAUACCUUCCGAGCAACAUGUAAAAACAGAGAAAUAAAACAACAAAACUCAAAAGCCGUUUUGAAAGGAUUGCAGAGGCAACUUGAGCUUUCAAAAUCAUCGGCAUUAGCAAGCCAGAAUUCACCAUCUCGAGCAGAACAUGCUUCUGUAAUAUUAGCAAUGGACCGUGAAAAGUUUAGCCUUGCAAAGAAUAUUAAUGAGCUUGAAUUAUCGAUAAAUACUUUAGAUGCAACGCACUCUAGGUUGAAAGAAGAAUUGGAGCAGCUUGAAUCAGAGGAUGUUAUGAAAGAUACAGAGUUGAUGACAGAUGACUCUACAUUGCUCCGACUGAAGAUCUACCGUAUGCUUGGAAUCGACUUGCUUGAGGACGAUACCGGUGUUUAUACUAAAGCUAUUAUACACCAGGAAAUAAAAACAACAGUGAUGUACAUGAGGUUAAUAUAG